AUGGAGAGCUUUUUUAGCCAUCCCAUGGGCAUGGUCAGCUAUGUUACCCGGGCACUCCAGAUAUUCAGCGCAAUCAUCGUCCUCGGAAUCACUGCUUGGGCUGCGAGAGGAACGAAGACUCUCACUGUGAUAUUCUCCUUGACAAUCGCUGUUAUCACCAUCGUCUUCGCCGUACUCUCAUCAUCUAUAAGUUUUGUGCUCAGACGACAGAGAUGGCACAUAUUCCCGAUAUUGAUAACUGACGCAAUUAUUUCCUAUCUCUGGCUUACGUCGUUCAUUUUCCUGGCUCAGGAUUUCAAUAGACAAAGUUGCCGGAUCAGUCGUUGGAAUGGAGAGGUUGUGUGUAGUCGCCAAUACACUGCAGAAGCAUUCAGCUUUAUCGCAUUCUUCGCAUCCAUGGUCACUUUAGCACUCGAGGUGGCAUACAUUCAUCAUCCUAAGACGCGUGCUGUCGCCGGUGAUGGAGAAAUAUCAAGGGAACAGGCAGUGAGCGAAAACUUGACUAAUGCUGGUUUAUUGCCUCCUAGGUAA